UCCACAAGCAGCCAUCUUGUUCCUUCGAAAUGGAAGAGUACAAGGAGCAUAACGACCUUGUACUCGCUGCUGAGAGGGUCAGACACGGCCUUCUUAAGCCCAACUGGCCUAUUCAGUCUCGAUGCCACACCUAUGCCCAGCAUCUUCGACCCCACUCCUCAAGAACAUAUCGAGGCAUACUCUGCCCUUCUGGAUCAACAAACCGCCACACAUGUAUGGAAACCUGCGCUAGAUGCACCGCCUGCGCACGUCAAAGUCCAGUUCUUUCUUCUCCGGUACAAAGUGAGCCACAAUCUCCGACCCGACAUUCAAGCCAUAAUACCGCUCGAAUCCUCGGGCUCGCUGUCUCUGUUUAAUGUUAUGAAGAUGUGGGGUUUGGAAACCUGUGUAGUCAUUGACUCCGACCGCAUGCGCCUGGGCUUCUCCUCUGACCCAAAUUACUUGUCCGCUGCGACAGUCAAGAUCCUCAUCGACCGUUAUGGCUGCAUCAAGCUUAUUGAGCCAUAUGUCUCCGCAUCUACCCUCAUCACCCGGCAUACUCGCCAAAUCCUAGUUUCCCUCGGUCUCAUCUCUCAAUCUUACCUCAUAUUGGCCAGCAACGGCGUCAAAAAUGACUUCCGUGACAUCCACGGUGUCCACCUUAAAGCUAAAGCGGCCGUCAUGAAAUAUACCAAGGUCGCGUACGGAUGGAUUUCCGACAAGUCCCACAAAAUUUACGCAUCCUGCGCCCGUGUCGUCGUGCCAGCCAGUCUAGCCGCCUGGCCGUAUGUCGUCAUUGGAUUCUUCUACAUCCUGCCCAUUAUCCGCUUUCUCCCGCUGGUCUUGUUCGCCGCCUUACUCAUCGCCACGCGGACGUCAAAUACGAUGCGCUCGUUCCUCAAACUCCGCGCAAAAGAUUUCGAGCAUGGGCCCUCGCUGUGGGAGGACCUCGCGGUGUUUUUUACUCUCGCUUCAUUAGUGUUUGUGGUGUCGCUGUUAUACGGCCCAAAACAGUGGCGCCAAUGGGUCGCCAAUUUGGCAGAGGAGGAGGAAGAUGAUGAAGAUGACGGCUCAGAUGAGGAAGAAUGA